CUCUCUCUCUCUCUCUAAACCCGAUCAUCCCGGAAAACGAGAGAGAAAGCCGACUAUGCAUUCGGCGUUUCCGGCCGACGAAAUCUCCGACAUCUCCGACACCUUCUGGGCCUCCUCGCCGUCUCUCCCUAUGAAUCGGAGCGCCUCCGAGUGGGCCUUCGAGCAGUUCCUUGAGGGAGUCGUCUCGCCUCCACCGCCGCAACCACCCGCCGCCUCCGCCCACUCCUCGACGUCGAAGCGCGAGGACGUCGACGAGGAAGUAGUCGAGAUCGAGAAGCCCGAUCGUCUCCCGCAGCAGCAUCUCAAUUGCCCUCCUCCGCCGCCGUCCACGGCGCCGAUGAAUUCGGAUCAGUACAACCGCGAGCUGCUCAAGAGCAAGCUCGAUCUCGCGUGUGCUGCAGUCGCUCUCACUCGAGCUUCGUCUUUGAAGCCUGUGGAGUCUGGUAAUGUGGUUACAGUGCCGCAGCCGUGGCAAUUGACUUCUGCACUUCAUAACAACAAAGGGGCUGGUUACGGAUUGCCGCAAAGUGAGGCUGAUACUAGCCCGGUUGGCAUUCCGGCUUUACCUGCUGUUCAGAAGAAAGCUCAGACAACUAGUGGAUCGUCCAAGGAUGACUCUGAUGAUGAUGACCUGGAAGGGGACAUUGAAAUCACUGAGAAUAUGGAUCCUGCCGAUGUGAAGCGCGCAAGGAGGAUGCUAUCCAAUCGAGAGUCAGCUAGACGCUCUAGAAGAAGAAAACAAGCACAAAUGACUGAUCUUGAGACCCAGGCUGGCCAACUAAGACUUGAAAACUCUGCACUGUUAAAGCAACUCACUGACGUGAAUCACAAAUAUGAUAAUUCAGUCGUUGAUAGAAGAAUAUUAGAGGCCAAUAUUGAGACGUUAAGGGCAAAGGUGAAAAUGGCAGAGGAAUCUGUUAAGAGGAAGACAGGGAUCAACCCCCUUCUUCUAGCCAUGUCUAAUGUAGUACCUCGACCAACCAUGGGGUCACUAGGCAAUCCAAUGGAUGGAUCUGCCAAUGCUUCUGUGGCAAUGCAACCGACCUCCAAUCAUCUGUUUCAUCCAGUGGCUCCUAAUAUCAACACCCCACCACAUCAUCAGAGAUUAGACACCAGCUUCCCUGGGAACCCCUCAAUUCCUCCUGUUGGAAAUCAACAGAGCACUGUUGGCCAACCAAUUGUAAGGGGAAGCAACACAACUGAAGUACCUUCAGCGCAGCACCCAGCGACCGUAGAUCACAAUCAUCACAUGCAGCAGCAGCAGCUUCGGCCAGGAGUGAAUCCACGUGAAGCAUUGCCGGGUUGGAACCCCCAGGUUCCCCAAGCACCCCACGCAGUUCCCAAGAAUAAGAAGUAGAACUGAAUGUAGUAUUGUAGUCCCCUUUUAAUCCCUUCCGAUUUUACAGAUGGGGAUGAAAAGCUUGAUGGGAUAUUUAAACUUGUGGGGGAAAGUUUUUAAUGAAUUUGAAAAUUUAAUAUCUUUUGCUAAAUGUUCUGUUUCAAUUUUUCAA